AUCACACAUGAAUCAAGGUUGUGACUUCUGUUUUAAUAUAUAAGAUGUACAUUUGUCAAAAGAUAUAGCUAUACCAAGCAUUUUUCUGUUUUCUGUUUUAUGAUACCCAUGAUUAUAUAUCAGAUUUUAAGUAUAACUAAUACGAAUAUAUCGAUAUAGUGUAAACGUGUAGUUUUAUAUAACGGAUUUAUUUGGUAUAUCUGACACUUACUUUUCCAACACCGAACUAUACAUGUUGGACAUAACUAUCCCAUUCUCUAUUUGACCGUAUCAAUCAAGAAGCGAAGUCAUACUUUUCUUCUAGCAGGAUUGACUUUUCUUGUGCAAUUUCUUGUAUCCUUCAUAAGCAAAUAGUUUACGUUUGUCAAAGUCCAUGACAAUUUGGGGGUGCAUAAAAGGGCUUUUACAUCACAUAUAUUUUGCAUCAGUAUUCAUAAACAUUUGAAAGCAUAAGAUUGAUACAUUUCGCAUUGACAUAUAUCAAACAUCUCUCUGAUUGUGUUUGCUAAUCUAGAGCACGAUGUGUUGUCGAAUAUUAUGUUGUUGCUUCUGCCGCAAGAAGAAAAAGCCAAGAGAUGUGAAAAAGGGUAAAAAAGGAAAGAAAGAUGGAGGACUUGUUGUGAAGCCGACUAAGCCUAAGAAACGUCGCAAUGAACCAGUAGAUGUAAGUGGAUGCGCAGACCUAUGCUGCUGCUUUGGCGGAGAUGGUGGAGGUGGAGACGGCGGCGGUGGAGAUGGUGGAGGUGGUGGUGGAUGUGGAGGCGGCGGUGGAGGUUGCGGAGGUGGAGGUGGAGGCGGUUAAUAGAUGAGAAUUCGGCAACUCUUUAUGUAAUGAUAAAUUCUUGUGUUUGUGGUUUAUUUAUUUUAUUAUAUGUAAUGUAAAAUUUAUUUUAACGUAAUGUAUAUAUUACGUACAUAAUAUAUACGGCAUCAUGUAUUUAUUUUUCUUCUAUGAAACAUUACUAUAUAAUUUAGCAUAUUCAUUUAUGUAGAUGUAAAUGAAUUGGUUAUAUGCGAAGACAUAAAGUUCUGGGGA